GGAAGAUGCAAGGAGUGCAUUUGUUCAUGUCUCCGCCAGUCUCGUUUUCAUUUCGCACCCUGAAAAGCUACUCUCAGCCGCGAAAUGAGUACUCUUCUUAUGAAAGCAGUGGUACUCGGUUUCCUUUCCUCGGCCUUCGCUGUCCCUUUCAAUACGUUCGACGGCCCCGGAUUCCCAGCUUGUUAUAAUGUCUCUGCAGUCUACCAACCUACGAGCGUUGUCGAAAUGGUCUCUCUCGUCAAGAUGGCAGCUGCUUCCAACAUCCCCGUUCGAGCAAGUGGCAAGGGUCAUAUGUGGUACGAUACCAUGUGUUCAGACAGCGAAACAAUUAUUAUCCAAACCGAGGGCGUCCACUCAAUCAGCGACUUUGAGUUGACAGGUUCCGAAGGUUCCGUCAUGAUUGAGGCUGGCGUGACAUUCUUCGAACUAGCAGACUAUCUGCAUGCACGCAACGCUUCUAUCGGAUACGCUCUGGUAAACUGGAACAUGACUAUUGCUGGAGCUGUUGCCAUGGGUGCCCAUAGAUCAUCUUUACGAGAAGCUUCGAUGGUAGCUUCUGGCGCCCUGGAGAUUCACAUCAUAGAUGGAACAGGCACUAUUCAGAAAGUAGUCCGGGACGAGACCAACGACGACUGGCUUGCAGCAUCAACUUCACUGGGGCUGCUUGGUCCAAUUGCGAGAAUGAAGUUCAAAAUAUUUCCUUCUUUUAAGUUAUAUGCCAAACAAGAGACUCUGGCCGAAGCCGACGUGCUGAAUGGUGAUAUAUAUGGACUUAUAGCCCCGUACGCUACGGCUAAUUUCUGGUGGUGGCCCUACCUCCGCAAGUUCCAUCAUCGAUACUAUGACGUUAUUCCUACGGCAAGUACUGACCAGCAAGGCUUCCAAUCAACUUUCUCGAUCACAGAAAUCGAGGCAGUAGCAGCACGCACGUUGCUUGACAGCGGCAAAAUCCUCCCAACAUCAAACAUGCUCUCGGAGACUAUCUUUGAGGGCAUAUGGUCGGCACCCAACUUCCACGAAAAGUCGAACGACACCACGAUCACCACGUGGCCGGUCUACGGUUGGGAUUAUGACGUGCUAAUUGGAGGUUUGUAUCCGGGACUCCUGCCUGAAUGGGACUAUAAUCUUAGAGCAUAUACGCUAGAGUUGGCCUUCCCUGUUACCAUCGCGAAUCAGGUCUUGCAAAGAGUAAGAGGGUUGUUUGAUGCUCAAUUAGCAAAGGGAAUUACCAUGACGAGUACUUAUCGGAGUGGAAUCAACAUCAAGUUCGGGAGAGCGUAUAACGAUUUGCUGGGUCAAGUGUGGGCAAACACAACAGAUGGGACCGACUGGACCAAAGGCGCCAUAAUGUUCGACUUCCCGAGCUACAGACCUACAUGGGGAGACAAUCUGAGGUUCAAUGAACCAUUUUACCACAAUCUGAGUUCGACUUUAAUAAACGAGUUUCCUUGCAGGCCACAUUGGACAAAGAAUUCUCGAGAUGUGUUGGCGCAAUCGGUCAAGAAUCUCGAUCCAGGGCACCUCCAAAGAUUCGCCGCUGUUCGAGAGAAGUUUGACCCGAAUGGUAUCUUUAAGAGUGUGGUUGGACAGAUCAUUGGCGUGAUGUAAGGUCGGGGACAGCACUGGCAAUCGGUUAUUUAAUGGUUAGCUGUGGUCAGCCUUCAGAUCAUGAUUGGGAUAAGUUACUGAUUACUGAGACCCAGGCUUUCUCCUUCUUUUGACAUUUAAAUACCUGC